CUUGAUCCCUGAACUCCACCUAGCAAGUACCGCGGCAGCUAACCUGGGAGACCACCCCAACCAACAGAGACUGAAAUUCGCCUUCCAAGAGAGUAAGUGGAUAGUUCUAAGCUGUCCCCAAACAUGACCUCACAAACGAAAACUAACCGUUAUGAACGGAAACAACUGACCGGACAGAACACAGCCAAGAGACACGAGCCCGCACCUUGAAUUACAAAAACACUUAGGGAUCACCUACUAUUCACACCACAAAAGCACCAGGGGAAAGCGCGAACGUAGUCCCCCACUACCACAAAUUAUGCAGUCGAGUUUCCCACAUUUGGGGAAAUCGCAGGGGUCAGCACAUACGGAGUACAAUGGAUAAGGCUCGCCCUGGGAAAACCACCUUCGUGAUCGUGGUAUCUCUCCUGCCAGGUCCGACCAGCGGUCCUGAACCCGCUCCCACGGCACGGGAACUCCUUCAUGGCGAAGCAGCAGCCCCUGCUCUGCCUCAUCUACAUAGAAAUCGCCCUAUCCGUGAUGUCACCGACAGCACCUUUCCCAGUCCCCGUCUGCUCUUCCGCCCCACCCUCCGCCGACUCAGCCGAUCAACCCGCUGCCGGAGCUGGCGGAGGAAGUGACGUCUGUCUCUUUCUCCUUUUCCUCCUGCCAUUGUCCUUUGGGGAGGUGCGCAGAGACCCCACGUCUGGUCUUCCCCUAAGACUGUGGUACUUGAUCUGUGUCCUGCAGAGAACCCUUCUGGCGGCCAACAGGAAGCUUGUGCACCCUUCUUCAGAUAAUGUCUUUUAAUGCGCAGACUUGAACGUUUAGGAUUACAAGGAAAACCGGUUCCUUUCAAACCUGUUUAUCUUUGUGAUGUAGCAUUCCGCUUAAAGUUGAAAGCCGUUCAAUGUCAGAGAGAAAACAUAUCUAUGAAACCAGAGAGGCUGCUCAGAUGGGUUGCAAACUAGCCAUCCUUACUGGUUUUACCACUAGAAGUGUUACAAAGACAGUUGUCCAAUUUUAUGAAUCUUGAAGGGUUUUUUUGUUGUUGUUGUUAUUUCAAAUACAGUGUAAUACAAAAAUAUGUGGCCCCCGCAGAGACGAUUGGACACUCUCAGGCAUGGUGAUGGAGUUUGUCAUCUCUUCCACGGCCAUCUCAGAACCUUAGUGCUUACCUCAUAUUAGUAUUUUAUAUUCUCCAAAGACACAAAAAUAAUCCCAAUUUGACAAAACAAACAAACAAAAAAACAUCUAGGGCAUGUCUUAUUUGAGGCGCUUAACAAAUGACUGGAUCAUCUCCCUUGUAUAUA